UCGAAGCUGCGACAUGCACCAAGAUGCAGAGCGCAGGCGAGGUGUCACGCUGCGAGCGUCGGCAGAGCCAUAAAAUGCCAGCUCCGGUGCUGUCCUCGCCGCUCGUCCGCACCUCGCUUCCGCACCCCAAGCUCUGCCUCUUCACCCCUCGCUCGCCGCCAUGGAAGCUCUACCUAGCUUCGAGCCUAUCACGCCUCCUCUCGUGGGCAUGCCAGCAGCCAGCACCGCUCCCAAGAAGCAGAGCGAGGGCUCGUUCGCCACCAUCAUCGUGGCCGUCUGCGUCACCGUCGCCGUCAUGGUCGUCAUCGGCGUGCAGCUCUACGUCCUCUGGCGCUCCGCUCGUCAUGCUGUGGCUGCUCCCCGUGCGCACGGCAGCGGCGCUGGUAUGAGCCGUCGUGGGCGGUCGCAGGGACUGAAGCAGGAUGAGAUUGAUGCGUUCCCCGUCAUCAAGUGGGACCCCAGCAUGGCUUCCGGCGUCGAUCUCGAGAGCGGCCGCAAUAGCAGCGGAACGACGCCGCUGGAUGACUAUGCUGCCGGCAAUCUCGCACUCGUGCGAUGCUCAUCGUCGCCCGCGGCGCAGGGCGCUAGCUCGGAGCCCGAGUAUACGCGAGCCGACGACAUCGAGGCCAACGCUGCCGUACAUGCGCUCUCAUCUCGAGCUGAGCCGCCGAUGCGGUCACGCCCCAUCUCCCUUCGCCAUGUCCCGCGCGCUCGCGCAUGGUCGCACCAGCAGUGCUCGAUCUGCGUCGAGGCGUUUGUGCUUGAUGAUGAGUUGCGCGUCCUGCCUUGUCCUGCGAAGCACAAGUUUCACGCCGAGUGCAUCGAUCGCUGGCUGCUCAAGCGCUCCGUCUGCCCGCUGUGCCGCACCGACUUUGCGCCCCCCGAACCUGCACUGCUCAUCUCAGAGAGCGAAGCAUCGGGCGUCGUUCUCGAGGAAGGACCAGCCAACGGUGUGACGCUCUGGGAAUGCGAGGCCGGCACUCCCGACGCUGCCACGCACCCUUGCGACAAGGCACCUCAGUCGCCACUGACUGCUUCGCGCCAGCGUCGCGACGGCGAGGACGGUUCACGUCCCACAGCAGCUGCGCUCGAGCUCGAGCUCGACGUCGAGCAGCAGGCGUCCUACGCCGCGCAUGACUGCCAGCAGAGCGCUCCAUCUGCCGCGGCCGCGACUGCCGUCGGCGCUGGCUCGGCAUCAGCUCAUCCCCAUGCUCCGCUCGUCACGCACCUUCCUCCGCUCUCGGUGGUGUCGGCGUAGCGGCGACUAGCAAGCGUCACGCUGGCCGUCGGCGAGCGCAUGGCAUGUCGGAGCCGCGAGCGGCCUCGCUUGACGCUGCGGGACCCGGC